AUGCAACAAGGAAUUCGCCCAUCACCGCAGCGUAUCAAGCCUCAAAUAUCACCUGAAGCAAAGCAUGUAGCAGCUAGCUUGGCAGAUACUAGCGUGGAAGCUAGCCCGACUGGGAGGAAGAAGAAACAACCCACACUACACCAGCUGACUGGCUUCAAGGGCAGGGUAAGCAAGACCAAGGCCGAGAAAAUGACCAACGCGCUGGCUUACUGGGCGGCUCUCGACUGCAGACCCAUUGCUGUGGUAGAAGAUAAGGGGCUGUCUCAGCGUGAGGAUGCCCUAAAUCACAGAUUUCUACAAGUGGCUACAGCACUCGACCCUCGCUUUAAGGACCUAAAGUGUCUACCAAGAGGAGAGCGAGGAGAGGUGUGGACCAGCAUUGAGGCACUGGUGCAACAACAACCAGGCAGAGCCACACCGGAACGCACAGAGGAGCCAGCAAGGAAGAGGAGCCUCCUGCUGUAUAAUUCCGACUCUGAAUCAGAGGAUGAAGAUGGGCCCAAAGGAGCCUUGGCCCGCUACAAGGCAGAGCCUACCAUCAGUGAGAGAGACUGCCCACUGCAGUGGUGGUCCACUCAUGAGAGAGCCCAUCCACAGCUCUCUGUCCUGGCCCGCAAGUAUCUAGGCAGCCCUGCCACUUCGGUACCCUGCGAAAGAUUAUUCUCCCUGGCAGGUAACAUAGUUCAAAAGAAGAGGGCAGCCCUGAGCUCUGAAAAUGUGAACAGGCUAGUAUGUCUUAGCAACUGGCUGAAAGAGAGGAAGUAA